AUGGCGACGCUCGGCAACGAGCACCAGCAGUUAGCAAAGGCAGCCUGUUCUUUGUAUGACCUCCAGGUGGACUCAGAUGCCGUGGUGGACUCCAUGUAUGCGUCGUCUUGCAAGUUCAGCGAUCCUUUGGUGUUGGUUUCGGGCACUUCCCACGUGAAGGCCCAGUUUCGGUCUCUGCGAAUGCUCUUUCGGGAGAUUGAUUUCCAUGUGGAUGGAAUCGGUCAGCUGGGCGAGAAACUGGUGAUUGAGGCCACCAUAACUUAUGUGCCCAAGUUCAUGCCCAGAGCUUGUGCCUUGAGGCUUAAGCAGUUUACGACGCUCACAUCGAAAGCCGGGCGCAUUCUCUUACAUGAAGAUCACUGGUCCAUUCAUGGAGUCCUGGUCGCCAUAGCAGGGUUCGGUUGGUUGUACCAGAGCUGGCGGCAACUUCUGGGCACGGCCUCCAGCGUGGCAGUGGAAUUGGUUGACUGUCCAAGGCGGAAGACAUCUUGA